AUGACAUCUAAUACGCGUGCGUCCCGCCGUUCUUCUGUGGCCCCUUCGCUUCAGUCCCUCCCCACACCGAUCGCCCGGUUAUUGCGACAAAUCACAUCUCUCUUGACUCCUGCAGACUCUUCUAAAUCCAUCUUGCCGUUUAUUCCUAGGCCAAUUAAAUGGUUCAUUUUAUUUGUAUUUUUGUUCAAUGCAAGGAGUUGGCCGGGAGUAUGGCACAUGCGUGUGUUUGCAUCGGUGAUCCGAAUUCGACUCAACGGUUUAUUGUAUAAACGCGGUGAUGGUCGCGCAUGGUGGACGAGCGUCAGUCCGAUUUCGCAGACUCAAUGGGCAUGUUUUGCAGCACCCGAUGAUUGCGACUGGAACGGACAUCUCUCCAACUCUUGUUAUGCCAAGAAUCUGGACCCUGCCCGCAUGCAAGCAUGUAUCGAUUGGUUCCCUGCUUUCUUUGGUGAUAAUGGUUGGGUGGCGCUUGGGGGAGCGCAUUAUCAUUACAUCCGCGAAAUACCUAUCAAUGCACCCUACGAAAUUAGAAUGAGCAUCGGAGGAUGGGAAGAUAAAUGGAUGUACUUUGUUGCGAAAUUCGUCACCCACCCUAAAAAGUCCAAGUCAGGCUCUCAGGCCAAACCCACUCGAAAUACCCACUCGAAACCAACGAGCGUUCCAGUCAUAACAACACCUUCCACACCGCUAGUCACUGAGACUUCAUCCCCUGCAGAGUUUGUAGCUGAAAAUGGAACUUCUGGAUCCUUUGAUGUAUCGACGGUCGACACUAAACUUGCUCCGGGAACAUCCCCCAAACCUGUUCUGCGUACACAUGACGACGAUGGGGCGCUUAUUCACUGUAUCGCCGUUUCGACAUAUUGUUUCAAGCAUGGUCGUAUAACCGUUCCACCAAGAGUGGUACUAGCUAUGUGCGGGUUCUCAUUGGAUGAAGCGGGAGACAAAAGCAAUUGGACGAAGGCCAAUACAUUGCGUGACCGCCAUUCGGCUCGCAUUUCUGACUUUUUACGAGGCGGGUGGAAGUCUGAAGAUAACAAGUUUUGGGAGGUUGGUCCUAAGGUCGACGCCGAGCGUGCGAGGCGAGUAGCGGACCUGAGGAAACUAACGGAAGGCAUGGAUGGCCUACGGACAUACUGA